AUGAAGACGAGCAUAGCGAGGUACAUUCAACGGGCGAAGGGUACCAGAGUGUUGACAGAUGUCGCUACAACCCUUUGUCUAGCUCCCAGAGCUCCUUAUACGUCUUCAAGACCAUUACCAUCGUCAUCGUCUCUCACCCCCAUCCGGUCAUUACACCAGUCUUCAUCCUCAUCCUCCAGCGUGGGCGCUUCGUCUUCAAAUCCCCCAUCAUCAUCAACCCAAGAUCCAGAACACCCGUAUCUAUGGUACCACACUUCUUCUUCUACUCGCCGCAUAGAGCUUUCAUUCUUACCGAGUCCACCUUCACCAGGAUCGAGGACAGUCUUGGGUUAUCUGCCACUCUUUCAAGACAGCGGUCUGAACGACUUCCAAGAGAAUUCCGAGUUUCUGAAACUCUUGCAUGAUUUGAUACGAGCUGGACUAGACGCCAAUGUCAGUGAACAGUUGGCGUUCGAAGCUUCCGCCAGGCCGACAGAUGGCUAUAUCAACCUCUGUGAUGAGCGAGCUCUCCCUCCUGCUGGACGUAUAGCCGAACCUGAGGAUACUCUAGGUACGGUCUUCGUCCAGGACGGUCAGAUCGACGGGAAAACAUACCAGGCCAUGCCAUCCUAUCGGCUUAUAACGGCGAAUGGUCCCUGUAUAUUGCCCAAAGGGCUGGACCAAUUCGUGAGAAACGAGCUGGAGAAGAUUGAUCAAGCGGAGAAGAAAGCAUGA